GCCCGGCUGAGCCCUGCCUUCUGCUCCAGCUCCAGCCAGACCUGCCCACCAUGGCCCUGGUACUGGUCCUCCAGCUGUUGGCCCUCUCGUGGCCUCUGUGCCACACAGGCGUCACCUCGAAUGGUACCCAGGAAGCCCAAGGACCCAGGCCGCCCAUGUAUUCAAACGCCCGCACCUCGUCCCCCAAGGACAGGCACAGGCACAGGCACAGGGGGGGCCUAGCUUCCUUCUCCCUAGACUCAUUCCCCGGGACCCCACCACCUAGGCCCAGCUGGCCCACCAGGCCCUUGCCUCCAUUCCUCCCACGCUCUUACCCGGAGAUCAGGCGCUCCAGGCCCUUGCCUCCAGGCUUCCCACUCCCAUACCCCAAGCUCAGGCAGCCCACUUAUUCAGGCCCCCCAACCUCACCCCCCAAGCCGUCACUGGUGGCUCAGCCGGCCGCAGUUGUGACCCCCGGCACCAACGUGACUUUGACGUGCCGGGCGCCCCAGCCCGCCUGGAGGUUUGUGCUCUCCAAGGCGGGAGAGGUCUCCCCGGUGCAGAUCCACUACCCGGACCGGGACGAGUCCCUGAUGCUGGCCCGGUUCUUGCUGAAGGCGGUGACCGAGGCCCAGGGGGGCAGCUAUCGCUGUGAGUACCACAACCACCAGGGGUUGUCCCACCCCAGCGACGCCUUGGAACUGAUGGUGACAGGUGAGGUCCGGCGGCGGGGAGGGGGGCCUCAGGUUAGGGACCUCGGGCGGGGGAUGCUGACCGCCCGCCUCCCUUGUCGCCCCGCUGGCCCCGCAGGCUCUGGCUCCAUGGACUACACCAAGGGCAACGUGGUGCGCCUGGUGCUGGCCGGCCUGGUGCUCAUCUCCCUGGCCCUGCGGCGUGAGAAGACUUCGCGGAGGGGCAGAGAGGCAGUAGGGCGCCCGGCCUCCCGGCUGAGCCCAGCUGAGCCCCGCUUCCCCCCAUCACAGUAAUAACAACCUCUGUCCCCCCGCACGCCUCUUCCAAUGGGUCAUUCCUCCAGGCCCCAGCGGUUCUUAACCUGUGGGUCGCGACCCCCGAAAAUACAUCCUGCAUAUCAGAUAUAUACAUG